GAAUACGCGUUUUUUUAAAAUACAUUAUAACACGUUUGAAGUCUUACACUAUAAACUUCUUACUUUGAUCAUUACUGGGCUUAUUGUUCCUAACGCUUCCCAAGCACACAAGACACCCUAAGGCUAGGAGCAAACAUAGAAAGGGCCGAACUUUAUUCCUUAUCGAUGGCACUACCAUUUCUCCCUGGAUAUAGUUUUAAUAGAAAUAUUGGGAAAGAAAAGUUCCACAAAUCACAUUACCUAAAACUGGAAGGCGAUAAAGCUUAUAUGCAUGGCGAUGACAAGCCAGGGAUUGGUGGAGAAAAGCUACCAGGACAAAGAAUCGAUGCACCAACCAGCGUCUAUCCAUCUGGAAUGGGUAGUCAGUUCCCCGCAUGGCUGGCGUUUGAUAAACAGGCCUUAUCCUUUGAUGCUUAUUUCCAAGAGUCCGUUAAUGAAAGACGCGAAGAACAAUAUCGUAUUAGAAAAUGUAAAAUCUUAUUUUACCCAGAGGAUGACACUAUACAAGUCGUUGAGCCACGUAUAGCAAACACUGGAAUGGCUCAGGGAACAAUUAUUAAACGGCACCGUAUUUCCAAACCUGUACCAAAUGAACAUCUCUAUUAUACUGUGCAUGAUUUCAAUGUGGGAACAGAGUUUGUAGCUUAUGGUAAAACAUUUCGAAUUGUUUCUUGUGAUCAAUUUACAUCGAAUUUUUUACGCAAACUUGGUAUAAAAUUAGGUAAACCAGAAUCAAUACCAGAUGAUCCUUACAGUAUUCAUCGUAAAGCUUUUACUGAGAGUAUGCAACCACUUAGACCAUAUGAAAGAAUGGAUAAACUUCGUCAAUUUCUUGAUCAUGAUCGUCAUGUGUUGAGAUUUUUCUGUUUUUGGGAUGACACAGAAUCACUUUAUGGUGAUCCUAGAGAAAUGAUAUUAAAUUAUUUUCUAGCCGAUGAUACAAUUGAAAUACGUGAAAUUAUACCAGCUAAUUCAGGUCGUGAUGCUGUACCAUGCUUUUUACGUCGUCAAAAACUACCACGUACAAUUGCAUCAAUACCAUUGCCGGGUGUAGUAACUGACAGAACAUUAUUAAAUGUAUUCGGUCAUCCGCAAAGAGGUGGACAUUAUAUACUUGAUAGUCUAAAGCUUGGUGCACCUAAAGAUAACUUUUACAAAGAUCAUGAUUUAACAAUCGGUGCAAAUAUUAAUGUUUAUGGUAGAAAGUUUUUAAUAUGCGACUGUGAUGAAUUUACCAAAGAGUAUUACCGUAUCAAGUACGGCAUACAAGAUUUCACCCCAGUUAAACCUAAGCUUCAAGAUCAUAUCACCACUGUGAAACGUGAAAUUCCACCAUAUAACGGUUGGGGUACUGAUGAAGAUUCACUAGCUAACUGUUAUAGUUUGAUACCAAAAGCACCAAAUCAUAAUUUUAAAAAAUUCAUGGAAUUAGACCGUCAAGGUUUAGAAUCUCAUGUUUUACGUUUUGCUGGACGUUUAUUGUCUGACCGACCGACAGAUCGUGAUCGUCAGUUUGUGAUUAGUUGCUACUUGUCAGAUGAUACAAUUUCAAUUUUUGAACCGCAACAAAAGAAUUCAGGUUUUCAAGGUGGUUUAUUCUUAGAACGAUCAAAAAUAAAAAAACCCGACAGUAAAUUAUUUGAUAAUAAACCAAUGGAAUAUUACAAACCAACCGAUUUAUAUGUUGGUGCUAAACUGGAUUUUAAUACAUUUCUAUUUGAAUUAACUGAAGCCGAUGAUUAUACAUUAGAUUACAUGGAGAAACAUAAAACACAAUUUGAACAAGCUGAUUAUCAAUUAAUAUUGAAUAAAUUAAUAACAAUAUUAAACAAUGAACAAUGUGAUGAAAUUAUCAAGUAUGCUGUAAAUCAAGAUCCAGAUGAUACAGGGACAUUUGACUUUGAUCAAAUGAUAAAUUUAAUUAAUCAGUUGACUGGUAAAGAGAAUGCGUUAACAACCCAUGAACUGGGUACAUUGGCAAGACAUUAUGGUGUUAGACCAUCCAAGGAAAUAAAUCUUGAAAUUUUGCUUGGGAUUGCACAACAAACACUUCGUAGAAAAGCAUUUGAAGAUUUCUCCAGUUUAAUGAUUGCCUGUCGCCAACAAGAUGCCGAUAAAACAGGUGAAAUGGACCGUCACGCAAUAAGACGCAUAUGUUUAGCGCAUCACCUACCAUUACCUGAUGACAUGUUGAAUUCACUUAUGAAUUGCUAGAGAACUAUUUAAUACAAUGAAGGACUGAACAGUUUAGGACUACUCAACAGAGUUCAAUUACAACCACACUAGUAGUUGAAACAUUCACUAUUCAAUAGUUCCAACUUUCAACUCCCAGAUAUUCUCAAUACACUGUGACUAACUCAUUUGUUUUGUUGUAUUUUUUUACAAUUGAGUUUUAUAAUUGUGCGAUCUCAUGUCUCUGAAACAGUGAGCAACUAGCUGACAUUUAGUUAAAACCGGUGUUGUGUAAAAACGCUUAUUUUCAUGUGUCUAUAAACCUUCUGUAAAUAGUUCAGUGAAAAUAUAAUUUUCACGUGACUAUAAACAUUAAUAUAACAUUUUCUGACAAGACAUUUCAGCUAUGAAUAACUUGGUAUGAAUGUUGCUUCAACUUAAAUUACAAUACUUUUAUUGCUAAAUCAAGAUAAUAAAGCUUUUCGUAUCUUUUCGAGAUCUGAUAACUCUAGAAUAUUACACAAUUUUCAAGAUUAUUUUCAACAUGAGGAUAUGAAAAGACAAAUGGCUCAAGAUACAAUCACUUGAUGUCAGAAAAACAAAUAAGCUUCUUUCACAAUUCAUUGAUCAUUGGGUGGUGAUCAAUGUCAUGUGUGUCAAGUCCUUAUUGGUGCAGAUCGAAUGCUAUCGACCAAGUUGCAAUGUGGCCACUAGUCUAGGUGACUCGACACUGCAUGCACUAUUGUGAGAUUAGAUAGUGGUUGGAGGUAGUCAUCAGGAAAUCCUGAACACGGGUUUCGUGCCACAUGACACUCGUCAGCAACGUGUGCCUGUAAUCUUGAGGGGAUUGAUGCUCACUGACGGAUUCGAUCCCGUGUCACCCAGCUUCACAGUCAGAGACGUUACUAUUGUGCUAUACGGGCCGUGACCGACAUCCUGUGGGAUUGAGAUGUGAUCACAAUUGAUUGAUCACUUGGUGGUGAUCUGCACUACGAAGGACUUUACACACAUGACAUUGGUCACCAGCCAGGUACACCUUGCUGACGACUGCCAAGUAGCACGAAACCCGGGUCCAGGGUUUCCUGGUGACUGCCUUCAACCACCAUCUAAAUAAGUCUUUUUAUUUGUUGUUUAUUUUCCAAACCUUAAUAUCGUGAUUAAAAAUCUGUAGUUUGAGGGAGAGUAAAAUGAUUUUAGUCCUGAACUUUAUUUAACAACUUUAGCAUCAUUGGGGAUUAUCUGCAGAAAGCACCAUAACUGUACUUAUUAAAUUUCAUUUUUUCAUUAAUUUGAUUCAUUGAUAUCACACUUUAGCUUUACAUUUUUUAAUGCACUCGUAAAUCGUUGUUCUAACUGUUUGUAAAUGACUUGAUAAUAAAUAAUUUAAUCCGUUGCCGGGUGGAGUGUGAGGAGCACUUGUCUCCUUCGUACUGUUUGAUUAGUUUUACUUGCUAAUUAUCCAUUUCAUAUUCUUCAAAACUUUAACUUGAUAUCACCGAACAUAUUCACUAACAUUUUUUUUAAUAUUGAGAAUCAGUUAAGUAGAAUUAAUUAAAUAAUAAAGCCUUAAAUGAUUAUCUAUCACAAGUGAAAUUAACAAUUACUUUAUAUUUGAUAUUUAUAUCGAUAUAAAUAAUAAAAAUAUUAACUAUUCUCAGUACAGUUAAUAAUAAUGCCGACUCAGUGGUCAAGAGGUUAGGCAUUCGCUCAUGAGACCGGAGGACCUGGGUUUGAUUCCCACGUGGGGGCUAGUGGAUGCACACUACUGAGGAGUCUCAUACUAGGACGACACGGUCGCCCAGUACUUCCAUGUUUUUCGUGGUGGUAUAGCUUAGAUCAAUUCGUAAACUCAACUGUAAUCAUAUAUCUGAUGAUGUACAUAUUUGGAUAAUUAAUUACUGAGUAAUGGUGUUCUAACUUCGUCGUUUAAGUGAAUUUCACAGAAUGGAUGUACCAGUUCAUUGAAAUUAAAUCAAUUUUUUGUUUUUUAAAAUGGUAUUAUCUCAGUAACAUACCGUAGUAGUAGACUAGAUUCAAAACAAACAACUAAUUGAAAUGGGAUUAUAAGCUUUCUUUUCAAAUCACUGAUAAUAAAUAAGACAGAAGCAAUACAACGUUGAAGAUCAUCACAAGGUUUACGUUAAGAGAUAUGUAUAAUCUUAUUUUUCUCAUCAAAAUGUGUCAACAAAAAUGAAUAAAUUUCCAGUCAGUUAAGAAAAUAUAGGAUCUGACAAAAAUGUAUGUUGAUCCAAGUUGCCAUUUUUCAUAUCGUCUAUACCAAAGAAAAAGACUACUAAUACGAAAGUGAAGGAGGGCUAAUUAAUACAAUUAUUAAUGAUAGAAAAAAAAACUUGUUUCGGAAAGAAACGGAUGGAAUGGACAACAUCGGAAAUGAAGAUAUAUGUUACGUGCAUUCCACAAAUCGAUUAUAUGCGUGAAAACAUUCCCCUCAAAAUAGUCAAUAUCAUACAUUAAUCAUACGACGGACUACCCUGCAAAGUCAUGUAUGAAGGACAGCUGACAACCACAUCCCAAGUGAGGACCGGUGUCAGAUGAGGUUGCUCACUCUCUCCAUUUUUCUUUCUCCUGAUGGUCGACUGGAUUAUGAAGACCUCCACAUCUGAGGGAAAGCACGGAAUACAAUGGACAGCUCGGAAUAAAUUAGAUUUGAACUUCACAGAUGACCUAGCCCUUCUAUGCCAUCAAUCAGUCAGCCAGCCACAACGUAAGACUUGACACAUAAAUGCAUCGGUCCAAGUUGCCAUACCUCAUUAGCACAACAAGAUGAACACCGGAUUCGUAAGAGUGGUUAAGUCAAUGGUGGUAAUAUAUAAAAGAAAGAUUGUGUAUAAGAAUAUAGUACAGGAAGAAAGAAUUAGUUAGCAGAAAGAAAGAUAUGAAGGGAUUUUAAUCUCUUAGUUUAAGGGAAGAUAGAGAGUGUAUACACCGGCGCCAUUGUGAUCGAUUCCGAGCCAUGUCACCAAGAGUCUCCGACCAUUGGUUACGAUAGUCACUCGGAUCCCAACCAAGUAGUCUGCAUCUACCAACAUGGCUCAGACUAGAAGUUAAUGUCUUCAAGCACUGAUGCCACGUUUUGGUUUGGCCGCUUCUAACUUUCUUCCAACCAUCCCGAACACCGGUUUGCAUUGCACAUGGUAAUCGGUGUUCAGGCAUACAUAAAACGUAGCCCAAUCAUCUCAGUCGAUGAAGAUUCACAGCCUCAACAACUGAUUUUCCAUCACUCCCUAAUACCCUGUGUCUAACUACACUAUUAUAUACCUAGUGAUCCUAGCAGAUGCGAGCAAUAUUUCUAAGGCAUCUGUGGUCAAAUACUAGAAGCUUACGAAUAUCUCUAAAUUACCACGUUUUGCAGCCGUAAAGUAAAACAGAACGAACUGCUGCGCAGUAUACUCGUCCCUUAAUUGAUAGACGGGUGUCUCACCUUCGCCAUAGGUGACGUAAGUUGGCAAAAGCCAAACGGGCUUAUUGAAUCCGUGCUGAGAUUUUGUCAGACCCUGAUAUCCUAUACAUAUCAACAAGUGCAAGUCAAGGCAAACAAUGUAACAGCAGCUUCAGAAUCUCCAAUACAAACAUCAAAACAGUUCUACUGUAUGGGGCUGAAUCAUCGACAACUACUACAACUAUCAUCAAAAAUGUACAAGUACCUAUAAACAAUUGUCUACAUAAGAUACUCCGUUGACCGGAUACCAUCAGCAGCAACCUACUGUGGGAGAGAACAAACCAGCUUGCAGUUGAAGAAGAAAUUAGGAAAAGACGCCGGAAGUAGAUAGGACGCACAUUACGAAAAUCAUUAGACUGCAUCAAAUGGGGAGCGCUAACUUGGAAUCCUGAAUGGAAACGGAAAAGUCAAAGGACACAUUGCCUCGGGAAUCGGCAGCAGACAUGAAAAAGAUGAACAGAAACUAGAAAGGACUGGAAAGUAUUUCCCAGGACAGAGUUCGAUGGAGAAUCUUGGUAGGCGGCCUAUUCUCCUCCACGAGGGGUGACAGGCGUAAGUAAAAAAUGUUUGAAAAACCACUGAAAAAUAAGGAAAGUCGAGUAGCUAUUUCAUCCUAUUUAUUGGACUUUUCAGUUGUACAUAUGUACAAACGCAUGAGUACAAAGCUAGUGUUAACCUGUAAAAUCCAUAUCAAUAUGAAACAGUGAAAUCAUGCUUCUACCAUAUUUACAAACUAAUAAUUCACAGCCCCCAAAUGGGGAGAGUCAGCUCUCCCUCCUACUCACUGUCUUCUCACGGCAUUAUUGUUAUUUACGAAAUUGAGAGGACGAAAAGCGAAUGUCCUGUGCUUUAACCGGGUUGGUGGACACGGACAGUCUACGUAGAGGAGUUGGAAAACCCUGAUUCCAAACCAAUGGUGCACAUGUGCUAGAAUAAAGCUAGGGAGAUCGCAGUUUCUAACAAUCCGCAAUCGAAUGAUGUUGAUAUCCCUACUUCUAAGCUUCCCCAAUUUAUGUACCGUGCAUUAAAGUUGCCUAUUAUAAGGGUUUUACCCCUAUUACACCAGCAUUUAAUUUUGCUUAGAAGCAAGUCACCCACUACACAUUCUGGACUGCGGUAUACUACAACUGAUUCAAUAUCUUGCCGCUUACAUUUGACCAUGCAGCGCACCAGUUCAUAUGUCUCUGAGUCGUGUACCACUGUCUCGAUAGCUCGUAUGGUUAAAGUGCUUUUCGUGUGUAGGAUAACCCCACCACACCUACGGUUUAGUCUAUUAGUCCUGCUAGGUAAGGAACCAAGCAACUGAAUUUCACUAUCAUACACUUCUGACGUUAACCAUGUUUCUGAAAUGUCAAUCACAUCAAAGUCUUCUGUGUCCACCACUGGUUUGAGCUCCGCCAUCUUAUUAGGCAGGCUGCAAGCAUUUGUAUACACAUUUAUUUCUGUAAAUAACCUUCCCUCACCACCCAGAGUGGUUUGAGGAUCGUUUCGCUCCAAACUUCUACGGUGUGGAAACCCUUAAGUGUAAGUUUUUUUCACCGUUCUAGCGGUGCUCAUUCAUUUCUACCUCUGCCGCCCCCAAAUACUCUGGUACGGGCGAAAGUGGGGAGAGUCAGCUCUCCAUCUCGAAAUGCUCUCACAUGGUCACGUGCAUAAAACCACUGCCAUGGAAGUCCUACUCACUGUCUUCUCACGGCAUUAUUGUUAUUUACGAAAUUGAGAGGACAAAAAGCGAAUGUCUAGCGCUUUAACCAAGUUGGUGGACAUAGACAUUCCACCUAGAGGAGUUGGGAAACCCUGAUUUCAAACUAGUGGUGCACAUAGACUUCAUGAUUCUGAAGGAAAAAUGGCAUAUAACCAAUUGUUGGUUACCGACUAGUAUGAGACUGUAUCUCCUAACGUUACUCCACCACCUUGUAGAUCAGACUUUUUAGGUCAAAGGCUCAUGGUGUAGCCACCUAAGAAAACCACCUGCUUCAGUUUGGUCACCGAGGCAGUAUUUCAGCUCUCAUACAAAUCAAAUGGUUUAUAUGGCAUAUAUCUUUAUUUGGUGCCUUGUUGUACCUAU